AUGCAUAUGCCCAGGAGGCGAGCGCCGCCGUUUGCGGACGGCGACGGCGUCAAGACGCCCAAACACGUUCGACGGCCGGCCCUCAGCCAUUCUACCGCCAGCCGCUCUGCCAUCAGCCGCUCUUCUGUCAGCAGCGCCGCCGUCAGCCAUUCUACGGUAAGCCGCUCUUCCGUCAGCAGCGCUGCUAUCAACCGUUCUGCCAUAAGUCACUCUGCCAUCAACCGUUCUGCUACCAGUCGUUCUGCCAUCAGUCGCUCUACCGCCAGCCGCUCUUCCGUCAGCAGCACCGCCGCAAGCAGCGCUGCAAAGGCGAGCGGUCGCGGAGAGUCGAUUCCGAAGCAACCGAGCAGCUGCGUGGACUCCAAGGCUGGCGACGUCUACGGAGUCUCGCCGCAGAGGCAGGAGGGAAGCCAACGGACGCCGCUUGUGUUCGUCAACAUCCAUGACAAGCGUGAGCUUUUCGUUGUUCCGCCCGACUACCCGUACAAGUACAGCUCUGCGGUGGCGGAAGGGUCGGUGGAUGACAUGGUGUACCCGCUGCUGCCUAAAAUGGUGAGGACGCCGCGCAGGACGCUGGUGCCCUUCUGCGGACUUGGCGACUACCGGGGCGACUCCAGCAUCGUGUCGCCGCUGGACACGCAGCUUUCGCAGAUGGUGAAACGGGCAAUCGACAACAACGACAGGGACCUGCUCGCCGUGUCGCCCGGAAAGGACUCGAUUCUGUCCCAGGUGAGCCUCGCACUGCCGCACUUGACGCCUUCGCAGGAGCAUGUCAAACGCCGCAGGCACAGCCUGUUCGCCAAACAGUGGAAGCGCAACGCCAUCAACGAUUGCCUGUACAACUUCUACGCGUCCCGCUUCAAGGGUCGCGAUGACGCCACCGUGAAAGAGAACGUCAUUGCGAGCGCCGCGGGCAACGAGACAGCCCAACGCCUCAUCGAGAGCGCGCUGGCGCGAAAGAGGCACGCGCCUUCUGAGCCUAAGAACGCGAUGACCCGUAACUGGAUCAGCUCCGGGCCCGUGUACUGCAAGUCACUCAGCGAUGUGCUGAAGACCUACUACGAAUACCUCUACUCGAAGCAGGAGGGCAACGGCGUUCUGAAGCGCAAGGUGGCGGCUACGUCGCGUUACUUCUUCGAGAUCCUCGCCGAAGCGAAGGACUGCGAGCGUAAAAUGCGUGAGCGCGAGCUCGUCACCGAGGAGCGUCUGUACGGCAGGAAGGACUUCAUUGCGGACAUCGAGCGGGAAAACCAGAACAACCGCAACAGGUGCAAAAAGAUGUACACGAUGUACCUCCAGUGCCAGAAGAGGUGCGAAGAGAUGUCGAGGCACCUGCGUGACAGGGUCGCCCAGCAGGCCGCCGCCAUGGGCCCCGGCCCCAGCCCCGCCCCCGUCCCCGUCCCCGUCCCCGAGAGGGUGCAGCCGCCCCCCGUCCGGCCAGGGCCGCACUCGGCAGCGUCGCACGACAUCACCGAAGAUACGGCGAUGAACGCCGCGCACGUGCCGCAACAACAGUACGACCUGGAGGACUGCAAGACCACGGCGCCAGCGUCGGGCCCUGCGACCGGCGAGGGCGACAGGGAGGUGGGCCAGAUGUCGCAGACGGCGGAACGCCUGACGCAAGCGGAGAGCAACGUGUGCCACGAGAUCGUGCUUUCGUUGCCAGCGUUGCCCACCCAGGAGGACUUGGGCACGCAGAGCCGGAAUGGCGGGUCCGCCUCCGCCGGCACCGCGACCCCGUCAAGGCACGACUUCUCGUGCGACACACCUAACAGGGACAAGACGGUAAUCAGCGGGCAAAUGGGGUCUUCUAGCGCGUGGGAUGUGGCAACCAGUGCGCAGAACCGCUCCAUCCAGCUUGUCUCCUCGUGCAUCCCAUCUUCAAGGGUCCGGCCAAGGGAGACCCUCACCCCCACGAAACGCCUAGGCGACAGGUCCGUCACAGACUCGAUCGCCAACUGCAGCAAAUCACCGUCGUCAGCCAUGGCAGCGGGCUCCCGACAGGGUGGGCCGAUAACCCCCUCGUUCCGGUGCAACUCCAACAGCGCCAGGGAACAGGACACGCCGUUCGCGAACCGAUUGAGUUCUGUGGGCCACGUAAACAAGAGGAUCUACAGUAAAAUGGAGGAGAAGGGCGAACUGGAGGGCUACAGGGCGCUGCUGAGCGAGCUGAACGCGCUGCUCUUCGCAGACGGCGGCAGCGUGCUCGGGUUCAGCAAGCUGCCGCCUGCGCUGAGCUGGCUCGACGAAACCGACAACUGCCGCCCCACGGUGCCUCCAAGCCAGGAGAACUUCAGGGACGGCACUCUGUACACUACCUGCUCGUAUGCUGAAAUUAAGCUCAUGAAGGUCCUGCAGGGCGGGAUUUGUGCGCUACGGUCGAAGAACCGCAGCAAGGACAUGGAGGCGGCGAUCCUGCAGCAGAUCAUCGACGUGAACAGCGAGCUGCUGGAGCUGAAAAAGAAGCUGGACAAUGGUCGUUGCGCGCUGUACAAGAAACUGAAGCGCGACUGGGCCGAGCGCAACUCUAAAUGGGCGGGGUUCCCUCCGCUGAAGCGGGGCUACCGGCUGUUGAACAUGCUGGGAAAGGGCGGUUUCGCGGAGGUGUGGGAGGUGCUGGACCCCAUAACGCUCACCGUGCAGGCGGCGAAGCUCCACAUUUUGUCCGUGGACAUGAACCCCGUGGAGCGCGGUAACGUCGUCAUGAGGGUGAAGAACGAGAUAGACAUACACAAAACGUGCCGAUCGCACAAGAACAUAGUGAACAUGAAGGCGUGCUUCGAGAUGGGCGACAACAUGCUCGCCACGAUCCUCGAGCUGUGCGACGACGGCGACCUCGACCACUACAUAAAGCUGCACGCGCCGGUGCCCGAGAAGCUCGCGCUGACCUGGACCUACCAGAUUUUGGAGGGUCUGCACUACAUGAAGACGCUGCCCGAGGGGCGUGUGCACCACUGCGACCUCAAGCCAGGCAACAUCCUCAAGCACCGGGGGGACGUGAAGCUGGCUGACUUCGGCCUAUCUAAGAUGGUGCCCCACCAUUCAACGAGGGAACUCUGGGGGGGCGGCGGCACCAUCUUCUACCAGCCGCCCGAGUGCCUGCUCGCCAACUUCAGGAACAAACAGAUUGUGCUCACCGACAAGAUCGACAUCUGGGCGGUUGGCUGCAUCCUGUACGAGAUGCUGUACAACGCGCGCCCGUUCGGUUUCAUCGGUGGCCGGAGGUCACUUUCGGGUACGCAGCAACACAUGCAAAAACUCUUAUACUGCAUUACAGAGAGGAUGUACCAGGCCAUCCUAAGUGGCGUGAAGUUCCCGCCGAACGACCGGGUGUCUGAGGACUGCAGGGAUCUCAUUUCAAGAUUCCUUGCUUUCGAGCCCAACAUGCGGCCCUCCAUCGAGGAGGCCAUGAGUGCCCCGGUGUUCCACGCGGAACUGUCCGGUUGCAUCUGA